UCGUGUAUCUGAAAACGUGAUCUUUGAUCUUUGGCAGUUGAUCUCUGCCUGUUCAGCAGCCGUCUCCUUCCCGGGUUGCUGUCAGGGGCACCUCAACCUCACUUCCCCCAUCUUCCCUCACUUUCUCCUGUAGAUUUUGUACUAUACACUAUACAGCCUUGUGAUUUGUGAAUAAUUGAUUUGAUAUAAAGCACCCACUUUGUACAUACUUUCACAGUUUCAUAUACAUAAAUUGUAAAAAGUAGAGUGGGAAAUUAGAAAAAAGAUCAAAUUUUGUGAAUAGGGAAAGUUGGGAAUUGAAGAUUUGUUAUGGGGGUUGUGUCUGAUUGGGAAAGGAGUGGCGAUGGGGGUGGAUUUUCUGGUGGGUUGAGAUGCCUUGUGAGGAGGAAGAAGGUUGAUUCUGCCCAUUCAAAGUCUUCAUCCUCUGCUUCUGGGCAUGGUGGAGAUCACCAGUUGGCCAAAGCCUUGACUGUCCCUCAUCUCAUUGCCAUAGGUGUUGGUUCAACUAUAGGUGCAGGGGUUUAUAUUCUAGUUGGGACAGUUGCGAGAGAGCAUUCUGGCCCAGCCCUCGCCUUUUCAUUUUUAAUAGCGGGGAUAGCAGCUGCUCUUUCCGCCCUCUGCUAUGCCGAGCUUUCCAGUCGUUGUCCCUCGGCUGGGAGUGCAUAUCAUUAUUCUUACAUAUGCGUCGGAGAAGGAGUUGCUUGGUUAAUUGGGUGGGGGCUGAUAUUGGAAUACACAAUUGGAGGUUCUGCAGUGGCACGGGGCAUAUCUCCAAACCUGGCCUUGCUCUUUGGAGGACAAGACAGUCUCCCGGUCUUUUUAGCUCGUCACACCAUCCCCGGGCUUAACAUUGUAGUGGAUCCAUGUGCAGCAUUAUUAGUUUGUAUUGUAACGGGGCUUUUGUGUGUGGGAAUCAAGGAGAGUACAAUGGUACAAGGAUUUGUCACGACGGCUAAUAUAUGUGCCAUGAUUUUUAUUAUUGUUGCCGGUGGAUAUCUGGGAUUUAAAUCUGGCUGGCCCGGCUAUGAGCUUCCUGUCGGGUAUUUCCCGUUUGGGGUUGAUGGAAUGCUUGCCGGGGCUUCGACUGUCUUCUUUGCAUACAUUGGCUUCGACUCGGUUGCUAGCACAGCCGAGGAGGUGAAGAAUCCUCAACGUGACUUGCCAAUGGGGAUUGGUUUCGCGUUGUCGAUAUGUUGCACAUUGUAUAUGUUAGUCUCGGCUGUUAUUGUCGGUCUGGUCCCGUACUAUGCUAUGGACCCCGAUACGCCAAUCUCCUCUGCUUUUGCAAGCCAUGGAAUCAAGUGGGCAGCCUAUGUUGUAACUGUUGGAGCCUGUACUGCUCUUUGCUCUACAUUGAUGGGUUCUCUCUUACCUCAGCCACGAAUUCUUAUGGCAAUGGCUCGGGAUGGGUUGCUGCCGUCGUUCUUUUGCGAUGUUAACAAACGUACUCAAGUUCCUAUCAAGAGCACCGUAGUGACCGGUUUAUUUUCUGGUACCUUGGCAUUCGUCAUGGAUGUUGACCAGUUGUCGGGAAUGGUAAGUGUCGGUACGCUUCUUGCGUUCACAAUGGUUUCAAUUUCAGUCCUCGUUCUCCGGUAUGUUCCACCAGAUGAGGUUCCCCUUCCGUCAUCUUUCCGGGAGGCAAUAGAUUCGGUAUGCUUGCACUAUAGUAGCGGUACUAAUGGUGCGGAUAACGAUGAGGAGAGUACCAAAACAGCUACUAUUAACGAGGGCCUUCCGCUGCUAUCAAAGGCGCCUUUUGGGCAUCCUCUUCUAGAGAAAGCAGCUGCGCAAAUUAGCCUUUUAGUAAAUGAAAGGCGGAAAAUUGCUGGAUGGACCAUAAUGUUUACGUGUCUCGGGGUGCUUGUACUUACUUCCGCCGCUUCGACUGUUGGCCUGCCAAAUUCGGUGAGGUUCACGCUUUCUGGAAUCGGUGGUUUCCUAGUGCUCUCGGGUCUGGUCGUGCUUACAACCAUAGACCAAGACGUUGCCAGGCACAGCUUUGGACAUUCUGGAGGUUUUGUUUGUCCGUUUGUUCCCCUUCUGCCAAUCGCCUCCAUUCUCAUCAACGUGUACUUGUUGAUAAAUCUCGGCGCCGCGACUUGGGCCCGCGUAUCCAUAUGGUUGUUAAUAGGCGUAAUCGUGUAUGUUUUCUAUGGCCGAAACCACAGCACACUGCAGCACGCAGUUUAUGUACCUGCAGCUCAUGUUGACGAGAUAUAUCAGAGCUCAGCACACACCUUAGCGUAGUUCCUCGUCCCCGUUGGCCAAGUGAAAAUAGGCGUUUUCACUUGUGAGCGCCAAACUAGCGAGAACAAUGGCUUCCGGCCAUGGGAGGAGCUCGUCGCUUUUGUUGUAAGAAAGGUUGUAAUAUAUAUAUGUUAUUGUAGUUUACAGUGGAGGGCUCCGCCGGGGGAUGGGGUGUAUCUGCUGCCGGUGAGGUUCAUUGCAAAUGAUGGAAAAUGUAAAUAUAUAUGGUGUAAAAUGAUAGUUUAGUUUGAUGUAUUGAUUUUAUUAAAGGAUUAUUGCCUAAAGAUUUAAGUUUGUUUGUUUUGCUCUAUUUUAUAUACCAAUUGUAAAAUGUCUCUAUAAUAUAUUUUGAUUUAUAUGAAAGCUUGUAGUCGUUACA